CUUCGCCAAGCCCAUCCCCGCCAAUGUCGCGCUCAUCCUCUCCCGUGCAAGAGCUCAUGCGUACGAGCAGCAAGAUGUCCGACCAGGCAACUGCCAAUGGCGACGCCACCCCUCCCUCCUACUCCUCCAAGUUCUUCGACAAGGGCGCCGCCGCCGCCGUGUCGCGCCAGAUAUAUUUCAAGAUCGUCUUUGGCGGUCUCAUGAUGAUGGCCAUCGUCAUCUUCGGCAUAUUCUCCAUCUACUGGGGUGCAUUGUGGAGGAUACCAGCGCACAAUCUGCCUGGCUGGGUCAUCGACUUUGACGGCGGUCAAGUCGGCAGUACAGUGACCAAUGCUCUCCUCCAGUCUACUCAAGGCGGUUCGAAAAUUACCUGGACAACACGGUCUACCAGCGACUUCCCCAAUGGCGAUAUCGACGUUGCAAACUCCGUAGUCAACGAGAAGAUUUGGGUCGCCGUCGUUAUCAAUAACGGGGCGACCUCUAAUCUUAACGAUGCCGUUUCUACUGCGGACCCGUCGUACAAUGGCACGUCCGCCGUUACAGCAUACGGCGUGGAAGCGAGGAAUGAGAAUGCAUACCGGAGCUUCAUCAGCCCGAUAGUUCAGCAGACUAUGGCACAGAUCAGCUCCCAAUACGCGAGACAGAUGGCCGGGCAGCUGGCGAACUCAUCAAAUGUGGCCAACAUCUUGGCGAAUGCACCUCAGCUGAUCAUUCAGCCGGUCUCAUUCACGCUUGUUAACCUGAGGCCAUUCGAUGUCCCUGUUGCAUCGGCUGUCACCUUCGUCGGCCUCAUCUACCUGCUCAUCUUGUCGUUCUUCAUUGUUAUGAUUGCCGGAGGCGCGCGCGAGGCGUCCGGUUUGGAGCGCAAGCUGACGACAAGGUCGCUCAUCCUUUUGAGGCUCGCCACUUCCUUCCUCGCCUACUUCUUUAUCUCGUUGCUCUACUCGCUCCUUAGCAAGGCCUUCCAGGUGCCCUUCGACCGGAAGUACGGCGACGCUGGCUUCGUGCUGUUCUGGAUGAUCAACUUCGUCGGCAUGCUCUGCUUGGGUCUGUCUCUUGAGGCUAUGAUCACCCUCUUGACGAUCCGCUUCAUGCCGUUCUUCAUGAUCCUUUGGAUUAUCACGAACGUCUCCGUGUGCUUCAUGCCCAUUGAGGUCCUCCCGAAAUUCUACCACUACGGCUACGCGAUGCCCUUUUACAAUGUAUCGCACACUGUGCGGUCCAUCGUGUUCGGCACGAAGAACACAUUGGGCCUUAACUUCGGUGUCCUCGUCGCUUGGAUCGUUAUAUCGUGCAUCACGCUGCCGCUUUUCCAGUGGUUCGUUCGCCGGAAACUGGUCGCCGCCUCUCGGCCGGUCGAGGUUGUCGAUGCCGAGGAGAAGAACAAUCAGUAGAGUCUCGUUCGUCGAAUUGUGGACACUCGUUAAGGAAGAGGUUUUAUUUUGCGUCUCCUCGAGAACCGUUGGGGGUAAGCUCGAGGAUCGGGUAGGCUGCCCAUAUUUAUGACUUUCACGACAGCAUCAACCUACCUACCACCGCUACCGUCUACUCUUAUCACUGCUUCCAUCUACCCAUGCACCGUGUACCUUUACAUACUCCGUCCCUACCUCCAUCGCAUUGCCGGCUAGAAUUCUAGGGUACAUAGUUGUCGUCUAUACAUAAUAUCACACCCAAAUCGACUGC